AUGGCUUCGAAUGAAUUAACAAGAAUAGAUCUCGAUGGAAGAGAAAGAUCUACUGAAGUUCGAGUGCAUUUUGAUGAUACUGUUUGUACAGAUGGUCACUCUUCAUCAUCAAUAUCUCGAAAUAAUAAUAAUAAUAUUGAUGAUUUAUUCAAGGUAAAUCGAGAAGUUAAAUCUCGUCGUAAAUCUGGUAUACUUAAACGUCGAGAAAAUACAAUAACAAGAGCUGAUGCCCCACCUAUUAUAUUAUCCGAUGAAGGACUUAAAGCUGAUCGAGUAUCACCUUUUAUAAAUUUUUCAUUAUUUAUCAGUAUGACUAUUCGUUCAAUUGGUGUCAUUUUUGGUGAUAUUGGUACAUCUCCUUUAUAUGUUGUCAAAAUAAUAUUUGAUUAUUAUCCAGAAGAAAAGGAAGUGAUUGGUGCUUUAUCAUUAAUUGUCUGGAGUUUAAUUGUUGUUGUCUCAUUAAAAUAUGUUAUAUUUAUAUUAAUGGCAGAUAAUCGUGGUGAAGGUGGUUCAUUUGCUUUAUGUAGUUUAUUAAUUGGUCCAACAAGUCGUCUUCAUUAUCGUACGAAACAAUUUGUUUGUAUUAUAUCUAUUCUUGCUGGUUGUUUAUUAAUUGGUGAUGGUGCUUUAACUCCAGCUCUAACUAUUUUAUCAGCAUUUGAAGGUUUAAUUGUUGCUAAACCAUCACUUCAACCAUGGGCUCUACGAAUAUCUGUUAUUAUAAUAAUAUUUUUAUUUUUACUUCAACGAUGGGGUUCAUCUCGUAUUGGAAUUUUUUUUGGACCAAUUAUGAUUUUAUGGUUUAUUUUAUUAGGAACAAUUGGUAUAUGGCGUAUAACAUAUAAACCUAUUAUUUUAAAAUCAUUUAAUCCAUGGGAAGCACUCAAUUAUUUAAUUCAAUCAAAAAAGAAAGGUUUUUAUCAAAUUGGUUCCAUUUUUUUAUCAGUUACUGGUUUAGAAGCAUUCUAUGCCGAUUUAGGAUAUUUUGGACGAUGGCCUGUUAGAUUUUCAUGGUUUUUUUUAGUUUUUCCAGCUGUUUUACUUAACUAUUUAGGACAAGGUGCACUUAUUAUUCUUUAUCCAACAUUUAUUGAUAAUCCAUUUUAUCAUUCGGUACCAAUUUGGGCAUUAUGGCCAGUUCUUGUAUUUUCAGUUAUAUCAUCAACAAUAGCUUCACAAGCUAUUAUAACUGGUUCAUUUUCUUUAGUUUCUCAAGCUAUUGCUAUGGGCUUUUGUGUUCCAUGUACUGUAAUUCAUACAUCUCGUUCAAUAAUAAGUCAUAUUUAUGUUCCAGCUGCAAAUUAUUUUCUUUUAGCACUUACUCUUGCUGUAACAAUUGGUUUUGGAACAAGUCAUCGUAUAACAGAUGCAUAUGGAGUAACAGUAUGUAGUGUAAUGGUUCUAACAACAAUUCUUUAUAUGAUGGUUAUACGUUCGACUUGGUUAAAACCAGUUUGGCUUGUUUUUUUCUUUGGAAUUUUUUUAAUUAUUGAUUUAUAUACAUUUGCUGCAAUUUGUACAACUAAAAUAGCUUCGGGUGGUUGGGUUGCUAUUAUUAUUGCAUUUACUCUUUUUAUAUUUUCAUUUAGCUGGUUUUAUGGAAAUUCUCGUCUUAACAAUUAUUUAUUGAAAAAUUGUAAAACACAUUCACUAGAAAAUUUACCAAAUAGACUUCGACUUACAGAUAUUGAUCAUCCAUUAAAUAAUUAUGAACAAUCAAAUAUAAGUUCAACUGAUGAUGAUGAUGAUGAUGAUGAUGAUGAUGAUGAUGAUCAAAAUGAAAAAGAAGAAAAGAAAAAAAGAAUAAAAUUAAUAAAAAAAGAUCGAAAAAUAGAUUCAAUAUCAAUUAUAGAAAAUCUUGAAAAUUCGAUCGCCAUGGAAACUAUUGAAGAAAAUAAUAUUGGUGAAAAUAAAUAUGUAAUAACUCCAGGAGUUGGUUGUUUUUUAACUCGAUCAAAAAAAUCUAGCCCAUAUAUAUUUGAAAAUUUUCUUAGUAAAAUGCAUGCUCAUCAACAAAUAUUAAUAUUUCUUAAAAUCGAAUAUGCUCGAAUGCCAAAUAUUGAUGAUGAUCAACGUUUAAUUAUUCGAUCUUUUGGAAAAUAUAUUUAUCAUAUAACAUCAAUAUUUGGUUAUAAAGAAACAAAUAUUAAUUUAUUUAAUAUUCUUUAUUUAGCAGAACAACUUUAUGAUGUACCUAUAACAAAAAAUCAAUCAGAAAUAACUUUUUUUCUUCCCUAUGAAAUAAUAGAUAUUCAUAGAGAUGGAUGGAGAAGUUGGUUAAGACUAUUUCCAUUACAUAUAUAUUCUAUAUUAAAACAUUUAUAUCCUGGAAUCCCAUUAAAUUUUAAAUCAAUACCAAAUGACACGAUUUAUGUUGGAAUUAUUGCUGAUUGUUAA